AUGGCAGCUACGCCCAUCGUAGUCGAUGGCAAGAUUGAGGAGAAUAUGGACACAAACUCGUGGAAAGGCUGGACGAAAUCCCAACAAUCGGAUACGAGCAAGAGCGAAACUCCGGAAGGUGCACCACCAAUGCCAUUGUCACGGUCACUGGACUCUCUUAUGGGUACACAGGGUGUACUCCCAUCGCAGUCCGAACAGCUCUCAACACUGGCCGUACCAACGCCUACCGAUGGCCAGGGAUCAACACGUCAGGCUUUCGCCGCACCUUCGUUAUCGAUGAAUGCCACCUCGACUUUCUCUCUUAACUUUGUAGCAUCUACCAUCCGGCCAACCCUUACUGUGCAAGCAGAUGCUAUCGCGAUGAACGAGGCCAUGACCAUCCAACCUGCUUCAACUGCAGUCCCAGGCCUUCUAGCGGACUCUUUCGCACAGGAUGAAAUUGCAGCCCUUCCCGGUGUCAACCAAGACGACCCUUCAUUGAGAACAGUACCUGGAAUGAACCAAGAGUUCGACUGUACCGUUAACAACUUCGGCGAUGACAGUCGGAAAGCCCAUGCCUGGGAAGAAUCAACCGAAGCCUACGAUGGAUGUUUCUGCAGUGUCAUUCAUGAUUCUGAGCGACUCCCGCUCAACGGCUAUGUCAACUAUGUCGUCUUCUUCGGCAGUGAGCACAGCCACCAAAUCCUCUGCGAGUUCUUUCUCCCAGCCGCCAACAUUGGUCAUCUCGACUUCAUCCCCAACAGCGUCCUCGACAACGACAAAGCCUUCAUCGCUACCUCCACAGAGGGCAAAGAAGAUAUCCAGCCGUCCACUCAAACUAUCAUGGCGCCACAAGCUAUCACCACACGACAGUCCGUAUCCUCAGGGCUUCGAACAUUGUCCCUAGCUUCCGGAUCAGCGCUACCUUCCAGUCUAGCCACCGCCGUUAGCGUCGAGCCCCAGCACGGCUUGACACCCCUAGCAAGGACACUGUUCAUUCUUUUUGGAGUACUGGGUGAGUACCGCAUCACAUCCUUACAGGACGAAUCUAACAUGAACACAGGCUUUGUCACGAUCCUCCUCGCCAUCGGUGUAACCUUGAUUAUGCGAUCGAACAGAAGGCGCGCACAAGCAGCCCGACAACAAGCCGCUGGAAGCCCCAUCAAAGACAUCGAAGAAUACGAUGGCUACGGAAACAUAACCCGCGUAUCCGCCAACAGCUCAAUCAAGAACUUCCUAACCGAGCCCGAAAAAGCCAUUGUGAACCGCGCCGCUACGCCAGACGGAGACCCAGAUGUAAGCAUCCUUCACCCCCAGACCCGGUACAACGACGCUGACAUGCCACUCCAGGCAAGCACAAGACCCCCCAACACCCUCACCGAAGCCAUCAACUCCUUCAUAACCAAAUCGCGUCGCCUAACAUACAAAAUAUCGCCCUGA